AGGCACUCUGGGCUGGCAGACAGCCGCUGUCUUGGAGUUCUUAAGAGGCCUACUUGGGAAAGAAGGAGGAGACCGUUCUUGGAAGCUUCUGGAAGCCUAAGGACCUCCAAGGACCAGAGAUAACAGGUGCUGAAGCCGGAGUCCUCAUGGCCUCACUGAGCCGAGCCCUGCGUUUGGCCACCACCUGCCGUGGAGGGAGAGCUGCCCGGGGCCUGGGUCCGAGGCCCCUCUCCAGCGUGGCCAAUCCCCAGGCAGAGAAGAGUGUGCCCUAUCAGCGGACCCUGAAGGAGGCCCCGGGCCCCUCGGAGGUGGCCCGAGGACCCAGCCAGCCCCUGCCCAGCUCCGCCAACGUGGUCCUCAUUGGUGGCGGCAGCUUGGGCUGCCAAACCCUGUACCACCUGGCCAAGCUGGGCGUGAGUGGGGUGGUGCUGCUGGAGCGAGAGCGUGUCACGUCUGGGACCACCUGGCACACAGCAGGUCUGCUGUGGCAGCUGCGGCCCAGCGAUGUGGAGGUGGAGCUCCUGGCCCACACUAGGCGGGUGGUGAGCCGUGAGCUGGAGGAGGAGACCGGGCUGCACACGGGCUGGAUCGAGAACGGGGGUCUUUUCAUCGCGUCUAACCGGCAGCGCUUGGAUGAAUACAAAAGGCUCAUGUCGCUGGGCAAGGCCUACGGCGUGGAGGCCCAUGUGCUGAGCCCAGCGGAGACCAAGGCGCUGUACCCCCUGAUGAACGUGGACGACCUCUACGGGACCCUGUAUGUACCGCACGACGGCACCAUGGACCCCGCUGGCACCUGUACCACUCUCACCAGGGCGGCGGCUGCCCGAGGAGCACAGGUCAUCGAACACUGUGCAGUGACUGGCAUCCGUGUGCGGACGGAUGACUUUGGAGUGCGGCGGGUCUCGGCUGUGGAGACAGAGCAUGGCUCCAUCGAGACGCCCUGCGUGGUCAACUGUGCAGGGGUGUGGGCAAGUGCCGUGGGCCGGAUGGCUGGAGUCAAGGUCCCGCUGGUGGCCAUGCAUCAUGCCUAUGUGGUCACAGAGCGUAUCGAAGGAAUCCAGAACAUGCCGAAUGUUCGUGACCACGAUGCCUCGGUCUACCUCCGCCUGCAGGGGGACGCCCUGUCUGUGGGUGGCUAUGAGGCCAACCCCAUCUUUUGGGAGGAGGUGUCAAACAAAUUUGCCUUUGGCCUCUUUGACCUGGACUGGGACGUGUUCAGCCAGCACGUCGAAGGUGCCAUCCACCGCGUCCCGGUGCUGGGGACGACAGGGAUCAAGUCCACGGUCUGCGGCCCGGAAUCCUUCACGCCUGACCACAAACCCCUGAUGGGGGAGGCGCCUGAGCUCCGAGGCUUCUUCCUGGGCUGUGGCUUCAACAGUGCUGGAAUGAUGCUGGGCGGGGGCUGUGGGCAGGAGCUGGCUCACUGGAUCAUCCACGGGCGCCCAGAGAAGGACAUGUACAGCUACGACAUCAGGCGCUUCCACCACUCGCUCACCGACCACCCCCGCUGGAUCCGGGAGCGCAGCCACGAGUCCUACGCCAAGAACUACUCUGUGGUCUUCCCCCACGACGAGCCGCUGGCGGGGCGCAACAUGAGGAGGGACCCGCUGCACGAGGAGCUGCUCGGACAAGGCUGCGUGUUCCAGGAGCGGCAGGGCUGGGAGCGACCCGGAUGGUUCAACCCCGGCGGAGCGGCUCCGGUCCUUGACUACGACUACUAUGGGGCCUAUGGGCACCCGGCCCACAAGGACCACGCCUACAGCCGGCUGCUGGAGGACGAGUACACCUUCGAGUUCUCGCCCCACCACCACGUGAUCCAGAAGGAGUGUCUGGCCUGCCGGGGGGCUGCUGCUGUGUUCAACAUGUCCUACUUCGGGAAGUUCUACCUGCUCGGUGUGGAUGCCGGGAAGGCUGCAGACUGGCUGUUCUCUGCAGAUGUCCACAGACCCCCUGGCUCAACAGUGUACACCUGCAUGCUGAACCAUCGAGGGGGCACUGAGAGUGACCUGACAGUCAGCCGCCUGGCCCCCGGCCCCCAGGCUUUCCCUUUGGCUCCUGCCUUUGAAGGGGAUGGCUACUACCUGGCUGUGGGCGGGGCUGCGGCCCAGCACAACUGGUCCCACAUCACCACGGUGCUACAGGACCAGAAGUUCCGCUGCCAGCUCGUGGACAGCUCGGAGGAUCUGGGCAUGCUCAGCAUCCAGGGCCCAGCCAGCAGGGCCAUUCUCCAGGAGCUGGUAGAUGCCGACCUGAGCGAUGAGGCUUUCCCCUUCUCCACCCACCAGCUGGUGAGGGCUGCAGGCCACCUGGUCCGGGCCCUGCGGCUGUCCUUCGUGGGAGAGCUGGGCUGGGAGCUGCACAUCCCCCGGGAGUCCUGUGUGUCUGUGUACCGCGCUGUGAUGGCUGCAGGCGCCAAGCACGGCCUUGUCAACGCGGGGUACCGGGCCAUCGACUCCCUGAGCAUUGAGAAAGGCUACCGACACUGGCACGCAGACCUCCGAUCUGAUGACAGCCCGCUGGAGGCCGGCCUGGCCUUCACCUGCAAGCUCAAGUCCCCGGUGCCCUUCUUGGGCCGAGAGGCCCUGGAGAAGCAGCGUGCUGCAGGCCUCCGCCGGCGCCUGGUGGGCUUCACGGUGGAGGAAAAAGUGCCCAUGUUUGGCCUGGAGGCCAUCUGGAGAAAUGGCCAAGUGGUAGGCCACAUCCGGAGGGCUGAUUUCGGCUUCACCCUGGAUAAAACUAUCGCCUACGGCUAUAUCUCUGACCCCAGUGGCCAGCCGGUCUCGCUGGACUUUGUGAAGAGUGGGGACUACGCGCUGGAGCGGAUGGGGGUCACCUACGCUGCCCAGGCUCAUCUGAAAUCUCCCUUCGACCCUGACAACAAGAGAGUGAGGGGGCUCUACUGAUGGCCUGGGCCCUGGGGAGGCCACUAGCCUGCCAGCUGAGUUCAUUCCUGCGACCCCAGACCGGCACGUGGUUCUUCCCCUCCUUAGUGCCUCAUCUAAUCCACCCCAGCCCCCGUUCAGAGCAGAUGGCCAAGGCCUUGGACACCGAGGCCAUGCUUGGGAACUACGGGCUCCUCAGAAGGAGCAUGGUGACCCUCGGUGACCCAGCGCAGAACAGGGAGGCAGACAGGUUUCACCUCUCCUCCGAGAAUCUCUGCUGGCCCUGGGCAGCCAGAGCCCUUGGAGGGAGGGGAAUCCAGGGAGAGGGUGGAGCGGUGAUCCAUUGGCACUGUCUGCCAUGGGCACAGGUGGACAGGAGAGAAAUGAGUGCUGGGUAAAUUCAGGACCGUGUUCAGGUGGUGGUUUCUCAGACCAGGGAUGGAGAGUGCUUCUUAACUCUACCUCCCAGUUCUGCAAGUGGGAAAGCCUGAGAGUCACCAGCCUAUGGCCUGCGGAAGUCUAUGACAAGAGGCCCCAGGUCAAGGGCACUCAUUCCUGGGGAGGUUUGGCUCUGAGAUGGCUGAGGGCACAGUUCCCACCCACAUCAGUCUUCCUGCUCUGGGGAGGGUCCCGAGCAGGUGGGGCUCCUCCGUCCCUUCCUCCCGCCCUCCCUUCUCUCUUGUUGACACUGGGGUUUGAACUCAG